AUGAGCUUGCUCGAUAUAAUAACGAAGGCCUCAGCUAAUACUGAGCCGCACAGUUCUCUAGCAGAGCACCCCAUACUUCUAAACGCAGAUGAUAUUCUCCUCAAAUUAAAGCCUGAAGCUGAAAACCCCAUCCCACAUCGCUUAGAUGUUUUGAGUUUGGUUUUGGAAGCUUGUAUUAGUUUGGAAAUUUGGGAAUUGUUGGAGGUGUUGAUUGUUAAUGGCCUGAUUGACCAUUCUUGUUAUUCGAAUCUGAUUAUUAAUAUUUCUGCCAAGAAAAGGUCGGAUUUGCUUUGUCUUUGCGUUAAACAAGCUCGCAAUUUGGGUUCGGUUGAGUUGCUUAGCAUAUUGAAAUAUUUUCUAUGUCCACCUAAAGAUGGCUAUGCUAGUAUGGUUAAUGUGAGGAAGGAAUGGGAGAGUCAAGCUUUGCUGGCUAUUGAAAAGGCCAGACUCGGAAAGAAAUCACAGUUGGCCAAGGAGGCUGCGAUUUUGCUUAUGGUUGCGCAUGAUGGGUUUUCGGAUGCUGAGCUUUGUUUGCAUUAUUUGUUAGCUUCAAACAAUGUCGAUGAGGUGAUAUUGUCAUCUUCACUAAGUAGGUUAGUCGGUAAAGAGUUGAUGAAUUUGAUUCGGUACCUUGGGAAAUGGUUGAAAAAGUAUGAGAGGUUUCCUCAAGCCAUUCCAUAUCCUAAGGCAUCCUCUGUUUUGGGCUUGAAGAUCUGUGAUUGGGUGCCCAAGCUUGAAGAUGUCGCAAAAUGUCUUGGGUUUGUCGUGGAUGAGAACUUCUCUUCUUUGAUGUUACAUCCCGAGUUCCAUGAAGAACUCAAAUCCAUCGAGGGAGUUGUUAGUUCCCUUGCCUUUGAAGCAAAAUUUUGUUGUUCAAUGACAAAUGUAAUCGAGAAGUUGAGAGGAGAUUUGCAGAGCUAG